UUACUAUGGCGACUAGUAUCAAUAGGUUAAACUGACACUAUCGAGAUUUUACAUACAUAAUGAAAUGAAUAUGAAUGAGAGUUAACGUUAGCCUUUAUUUUCAUAGAGGAUAUAACCGAGUCAAUGUUUUAGCUAACUGUUCUAGCCAAUAGUUUAAAACACAAUGGAGGAAGAAGUAGCCACAGGUAGUGACAAUAUUGUGACAGAAUUUAAUACAUAUGAAGACUUCUUAGACUCACAGAUAACAUCAUUUGAUCUCUACUACCUUGAGGAUCAAGAGUUGGCAAGACAGCUGGUUGAGUUGGGAUAUAGGGGCAGUGGGGAGGUAUUAAAGAGGGAGGAGUUUGAAGCAAGAAAACAAGCUGCAGAGGCCAGCAGGCUUUCAAAAAGAAGUCAACAAAAGAAACUUGCCAGUGAUGAUAAAAUAAUUAAAGAACCAUUACUCCAAGCUCUAGCUGCUAGAGAAGCUGGAAACAGAAAUGGGAAAAUGACUUCUAUCAUCUUCAUUAGAGAUCAUAACUCUAGAGGCCAGGAGAUCUCUGGGUACAUAGACUAUGCAUACAGACUGAAAACAGAAGAUUUUGAGCCCUAUUUCAGUGGGAAGAAACGUCUGCUGCCAAGGCCAUCUGAUCUAAGCUUUUACAACUGGGAGACAGCAACAUCAACAUCCAACCCAACACCAAACUAUCAAGUGAUUGCAGAGAAUGCCUCUGGGCUGUUAUUUAAGAAUAAAAGAGACAGAAAAAUUAUAAAUGUAGAUCCUAAAGCUGACAGUCCAGGGGAUAAUUCAGAGAGACAUGUCAUCAGCUCUCCUAAGUAUAUUCAAAUUGUCAUUUAUGAUCACAUCAACAGAAGAAAAACUUAGUGCUAAAAAUUCAGUCAUUGUGAUAGAGGCAGUGAGAAUGAGUUAUAUGUGUUUUUCUGUUGAUGGAUAUAUUUACUGGAAUAAAAAUUCUUUUAGUGUUUUA